AUGGCGGCAUCCGUUGUACUUUGCCAGCACGUAGAGGCUCACCCCGGCGGUCGCAUGCUCUCUCAGACUACGAGGAAGACCCGAUCGAGGCCCCCGUUGCGGCGAGCGUGACCGACCCGGCUGCAGAGACCAAGGACCAGAAGGGUUCCUACGUCGGCGUGCACUCGACCGGUUUCCGUGACUUCUUGCUCAAGCCCGAACUGCUGCGUGCCAUCUCCGAUCUCGGUUUCGAGCACCCCUCCGAAGGUAUGUACUCCGCCCCCCGCCGCCCCCCGUCGCCCGUCGCCCGUCGCCCGUUGCCCGUCACACCCCCUUGGCUCUCGGCCCACCACACACACGGGAUACACCACCCAGGCCAUGCUGACGAUUCGUGGUUCUCCCCCGUCAUUUCACCGCCACAGUUCAACAGGAAUGCAUUCCCCAAGCCAUCCUCGGCAUGGACGUCCUCUGCCAGGCAAAGUCUGGAAUGGGUGCGUCUUGGUCCCACCCCCCCCGUCCCCCGUACCUGACCACACCAACACUGGGCUCAUUACCCUCACCCGCAUCCCCCAGGUAAAACCGCCGUGUUCGUAUCGGCCACUCUUCAACAGAUUGAGCCCGUCGCCGGCGAGGUGUCCGUCAUCGUGCUGUGCCACACCCGAGAACUCGCUUACCAGAUCAAGAACGAGUACGCUCGCUUCUCAAAGUACAUGCCCGACGUGCGCACCGGCGUCUUUUACGGCGGAACGAACCCCAAGGUCGACUCGGAGCUGCUCAAGAACAAGGAAAAGUGCCCCCACAUCGUCGUCGGCACCCCCGGGCGCAUCAACGCGCUCGUGCGCGACAAGAGCCUCAAGUGCGCCAGCGUCAGGCACUUUGUGCUCGACGAGUGCGACAAGAUGUUGGAAGCUGUCGGUUAGUUUUCUUUUCUACGAUUCUCCUCCCUCCGAUCACCACCUUUCGUCCAUACACGCGCGCAUGCACGAUCGUUGCCCCGUGCUACGACUUGUGGUCGAGCGCACUCCCAAGGCGGCCACAACCUCGCUGAUCGAUCGAGCGAGUCGAGCGGAGGUAUUUGGAUGUAG